AUGACGUGUUAUUUCCGAGUGGGCGAGAACUUUGAAUGGUACACAUCAGGAGUUCUCCAAUCUGAAGAUUGUUACCACAUGACACCAGCGGAAUGGCAUUCCGUAGCAAUUGUUGGUUAUGGUACAUCAGAUGACGGUGUCCCGUAUUGGUUGGUUAGAAACUCGUGGAAUUCCGAUUGGGGUCUUCAUGGAUAUGUCAAGAUUCGACGUGGUGUUGACUGGUGUUUGAUUGAGAGUCAUGCAGCUACUGCUAUGAUUGAUAAUUGA